UCUCUACUAGCUGUCUCGAUCUCUCCCUCCGAAAUAACAAUAGCUUGAAUGGAAGCCGUUCUAUACUAAUAGUGCUUCUAUGAUAGACGAUUUCUCCCAAUACUUUACAGGUUUGAUGGAGGCAAGCGAUUGUCAAUAUUCCAUAUAGCGCUAGUUUUAUAGAGAACGACUUUCAAACUUGUUGGAUUAUACACAUUUUAUUGGACACAUAGCAUUCAUCAGAAGCUGUUGCUAUCAGUUUAUCUAAAAUAUGAAAACAAAUGACAGAAAACUUGUGUUAUAUUUAAAUUUGCAUUUGUUACAUGGGUGACAGUAUGGAAAUGAAUGCAUCAUCAUGUUAAGUUCCAUUCCACUGGAUAAGCGGAUAGCUAAUGUUCGAAGUCAUGUUUGGGAUAUUAUAAAAUAUAUUGCUGUUCAAUAGAUACAACCUCUAAAUAUGGACCAAAACAACAAUGUAACAGACGUUAGCACAGACACUCAAGCAGACGGCACAGAAAUGGAACUAUAUUCCAUUGUCUUGUCAGCAACAGUAUUAAUUUUUGCAAUUCUGUUUGGCGGAGGCGGCUGUAUAACAGUUCUGAUUGCCAUGUUUGUUCAUCGUCUGCUGCGUAAAUUGCGAUUUGUAUUAAUAGGAAUUCUACUUUUCGUCUGCUGCAUCUUUGACUUGAUAUGGUGUCCAAUUGAAAUAACUCGACUUGUGAUUCACCAUCAGAAUAUAAAUGGAAAUACAGUAUCAACAGAUGCCGUCAAAGAUUUAAAGUAUGUAGGCAGCUCAUUAUACGUUUUAUUGCUGUGCACAAUUGCUGCAAUGGUUGUUCUAAUCUGUGUUCAGAACUUGUUGAAAAUAGUCAGGAAAUACGAUAACAUUCCCAAGAUGAUGCUGGGAGUUAUUUUUGUCCUAAUAUGGCUUAUUAUUAGUAUUUCUCUAACAAUAGCAUACAUUCUCGUAUCCUAUGGUGACCAAGAUGAUCAGGUAUAUCACAGCAUCAACCGCAAAUCAUUCCAUUUUAAGCUUGGACUGCAGACAUUAUGGAUAGUAUUACUUCUGAUACCUAUUCUAUUAAUGAUAUCAAUUCAUGUUCAUACGAAAUUCUGGAAAACCAAGAUACUGAAGGAGGUUUCUGAUCUUCAUUCGACAGACAAUUUCACUGUACCAUCACUCAUUAUAAAAAGCGUCGAAGAGAUCGAUGAAGACGAAAAUGAGGAUGAAAGCUCCGUAGCUUUGCCCUCGCCCGACGUUGUGAAGGAUUCCGCAAGUGGAUCUCCUGUUUCAAAGAGCUCAAAAAGUGCUUUGAAAAAAAGAAGUGGGUCACCAUCAUCCCAAAAAGUUGUGUUCGCUGACACACCAAGCCCUACAAGAGAAGAAGCCACUCCGAGUCCAAAGUUCGGAGACAGAUUCAAAUCUCCUAAUCAUCUUGGAGUGAAUAUGGCUGCCAUAUUAGGUCGGCGGCGUCACACUAUUGCACAAAUCUCAGAUCCGCAUUUAGACCUUAUGCAAAAGGCAAAAACAUACAACUAUGUCAGAAAAUUUUCCGUUGAUAUAUCAGCUUUACAAGCACAAUUAGAAAAUCCAAAAUUGAGUAGCAAUUUUCCAUUCCAUUCUCAACAGGACAUUAAAGCAUCUCCAAAAGAAGGGCUGGAAAAAACCACUUUUGGAUCACAACAAAAAUGCAACAGACGCAGCAGGGAUGAAAUUAUGAAAAGUCAGGAGAUUGCCGAGGAACCUGAGAAAGAGCUUGAAUCUGAAAAUGAGAUGAAUGAAUCAAACGAAACUAAGACUGAAACCGUGACCGAUGUGAAUGAAACCCAAUCUGUGCAAUCGCAGAAUGUCAGUAUUUGUUCUGCUCGUUCUCCGCGCGAUUCAAUAUGCCCAACUCCACCACUCAUAAGCUUAACACAAAGCGAUGGUGAAGAAAAACAAAUUGAAAUAACAAACGAUGAUAAUAACCUGGAUGACUCAUUCCAAUCAUCGGAGCAUGUGUUGACCAAACUACACAAACCAUGCAAGCUCUCAUGUCUGCUUGUUGCAACCUUCAUUCUAAGCAUUUUACCAAUGUUCGUGACAGAAAUUCUCCGAGACCACUGUCUUUCUCCGAACGCUUAUAUUAACGUUGUAACAUGUAUGACGGCUAUAUCGACUGUGCAAACUAUGAUUUACCCGCAAGUGAUUUUCUGCGUGGAUGCAAAUAUUAACAAAGCUGUGAACCAAUCUUUAACGCAUACGCGUAUGUGGAUACUGCAGCUGUUCAGCAAACAGCAUCCAGUAGCAACCACUGACGAUAUCUCUGACACAGAGGUCUAACUGACAAGUUCUUAAAAUUCAAAUGAGGCAACAUCAAGUUAAUCAAGUUUGUUUGUAACAAAUAGGCCAAUAUAAAUAAUACCUACCCAUUUAAUUAUAUUUGGUCAAACCUUUUAGCGCUCACACAAUUAGUGUUAUUGAAGGAGUAAAAUGCAUUUCCUUACAAAAUGUAUAACUUGAAAAUUUGAGGAAAUAAUUUCUGUACGUUUAAGGGGAAUGGGCAUAUCAUAGAAUUAAUGGAUUUCAAAGCAAUUUUGAAAAACAUUAUUUCAUUAUUGCAUUUUUUUUCUUCAUAAAAUGUGUUGAUUACUUUAAUGCAAUGAAGCUUUGAAGUUUUUAAAAUGGCAUGAUUAAUAAUUUUAAGAAAAAGUCUUUCCUUUUUAGGGGAACAUGCUCUGUUUUAAUUUUGCCUGUUAGAUAUCUGCUUAUUCAGUUUCCUCUUAAAACGUAAAAUUAGUAUUUUUGUCAUUGCUACGUUUUUAAAUGCUUAAAAUUCUCAACACUUGAUGAACUUGAUGUGGCCUUGUAUUGCUAGUUAUGACUGUCUCUCUGACACGGCUAUACCGGCUAUACCGUGGCUUUCCAGUAAUUGGCAGUUACACUUUAAUCAUGAUCUUUACAGGAUUAUAAACGGAUAAAAAGGAGAAUCCAUUCCAUUUGAGAAAAAAUCCAUAUUUUUCAUUUAUAUCUUCAUUUCCCUAUAGUGAUUUUUCUCUGUAAAUUAUCUCUGUCAUAUAUCAUUUCAUUAUGAAAAUAAAUAUUUCACACUUUUAA